AGUCUCGCUUUUGCUCUCUUGAGUGCAGUAUGUCAAACGAAACAAAAAUAAAUUACAGAAAAAGUGUGUUCCGUUUUUAGAUAGAUACAAACAGCGGAUAAUCGGAUCUAAUCUAUCAACAAGUAGUGUCAACUUAAGUGUCCAUUUCGAUAGAAUAAAGACAUUGUAUCUAUAAAGUUAUAUGUAUUUCAAUGAAACGAAACAUAUUGGUGAUAAGAAAGCAAAACCUUUUGUGAACAAUACGUUGCAAGGACUAUAAAAUGUACCACACAUUAAAAAUAAUUCUAAUAGUGCUUAUUCUACAAUUGCACAUACGUCAAUCAAGAUUAAAGGUUUUAAAAGGCGAUAACAUAGAAAAGUCCAGUAUUUAUGAAUCCGCGAACGACACUCCUCAACUAAGGACGUUCCAUUUGGCAGAUACCCUAAGUCCAGCAUUUGCAAAUCCAUCGCUAGACACCGAUGCUGAAAACAACCAGUACGAUAUUAAUGACACAGACCUUAAAUCAAUUUUCGUGAAAUACGAUACUGACGAUGGAAAUACUUGUAUUUUGGAUAAUCUAAAACAGCAAAUUUUGUCAUGGUCAUAUCCCAAUGGAACACUCAGGACUCCAAUUUCCAAGUACAUGAAUAAAAAGUAUUUGGAUAUUUCUUAUGCUAAUAUAUCAGAGGAUAUGGAAUUGUUGAAUGUAAUAACAGCUGCACGCAAAUUUAGCUUUCAAAAAGUUGAAGUCUUCUCGGCUGCCUACAACAAUCUGAAUUCAGCACCCUUUCAAACUCUAUUAUCAAUGAGGGGGUCACUGAAAUAUUUAUCACUGCAAGGCAAUCAAUUUGCCGCCCUCAAUCAUGACGUGGAUGCAAUUGAGAAGUAUUUACAAGUGGCACGAUAUCCAGAAAAUGAAACUAAUAGCAAAUGCGAAGAGCGUUUAGCACAAAAUAACACUUACAACUCUGAUCUGUAUGAUCGGGAAUGUUUGCAAUACUACCAAGCAAGGGACAACAUUGACAACACAAAAACACAAGACUUCAUUUAUGAAGAUUACAUAACAAAUCUAAAAAAAAAACACAAUAUAUUUGGCUCCUCAAAAGAGAGCAUUGCAUGGGCUACCUUUCCCAGUCUACCGCAUCUUCUGGAGCUAGAUAUUAGUAACUGCAGCAUCGAGUAUGUGAGGAAGGAGGCAUUCCAAAAUGUGAACAACCUGCGGAAGCUCUUUCUAUCAAACAAUAAGAUUUUCACUAUAAACGUGGAUACGUUUUUCCACAUACAACAAGUGCAAUAUCUAGACAUGUCGUUCAUGAACGUUUUAAGCUAUAGCUAUCCGUUCUCGAUGCCAACUAUUGAAGUUGUCAUAAAUCUGCUUUAUGGUCUAAAGAUCCAUCAAACCGCAUUUAAGAUGCUGCCAGAACUCAUCUAUUUGGACCUCUCGCACUCGAAAAUGACCAGAAAUAGUGCUGUGGCCUUCACGCAUCUGGGAGAUAAACUAAAAUAUCUCAGUUUGUGUUAUACAUCGUUUCCCAUGAUGACCAAUGGCCUGUUCAAGAACACAAUACUCGAGGGACUUGAUUUGUCGGGUAAUCCAAUUGUGUCAAAUAACAUUGUCGACGAUGCUUUUGAGGGCAUUGGGGAAACACUUGUUUGUCUCUACUUUGAACGCUCCAAUAUAAAGGAUAUUGGCUGGCUAAAGCCGCUUAAAAAUCUGCAGAUCCUGGGCUUGGCCGGUAACAAUAUAAACGCCCUGUCAGGCGAUGUAUUCCAAUCUAUGGUUAGCUUACAGGUACUCGACCUGAGCUACAAUCACAUUGGCAACUGGUAUCGGAGUGUGUUUUUCAACAAUUUGUCAUUGAGGGUUUUGAGUGUCCGCAGCAACAAUGUCAACAUGCUCACCAUCGAAAUGCUUAAGGAUUUUGAACUGCUGGAGUAUCUCAGUCUCGGCGAUAAUAACUUUCUCUGUAACUGCAACCUGCGAAAGGUAAUCGAUGUGGCAGCUCAGAAUAAUAAAGAAGCUGAUUGCUCAUACGAUAUCCUGAAGAAUGUAAUCUCUGAGUUGAAUACUAACAAUAUUAACGGUGUGAAUCAGUUGGGUACAAUCAUUACACGGCUUAUGGAGUAUGUGGUGUGGAAGCGACGAUACGUGCCACUGCUAGAUGAAAGCUAUAAAAACAUUAAAGAUUACAAGCGCCUGAAUAAUAUAAUCAAGAUGCAAUUUCAAAUGGCUAAAAGGUGUCCCGAUUCAACACCGAAUACAGUAAACGAUACGGAUUUGAAAUUUCAGUUAUUGGAUUAUGAUGUAAAUCAUUACUGGUGCUUUGACGAGACCGAAAAAUUACUGGUGGAAGACCUAGUCUGCCAGACUAACAUUUUGAGCGAUCUUGAAACGCAAAUAAGCCAUUAUAUCACAGUAGUGAUGGCUGUAGUUGGUAGUUUGUUGUUCUUAUUGAUUUUUGGAUUUAUCAUUUAUCUUAAGCGUUGGCACAUUCACUAUUACUAUGCAUCUCUCAAAUCGGCAGCGCUUUUAUCCCGGGCUUCGAAGGAGUCUCUUGAUAAAUUUCAUCGUCUAAGCGAAGAAGAUCCCGGUGUAAUAUAUGACAUUUUUAUUAGCUACUGUCAAAAUGAUCGUCAGUGGCUCUUGGACGAAUUGUUACCCAAUGUUGAGGAGUCUGGGGAUAUUUCAAUAUGUCUGCACGAACGUGAUUUUCAGAUUGGUGUAACUAUACUGGAUAAUAUUAUUUCGUGUAUGGAUCGUUCGCGAUCACUUAUGUUGCUGAUCUCAUCCAAAUUUCUACUUAGUCAUUGGUGUCAAUUUGAAAUGUAUCUGGCCCAACAUCGCAUUUUUGAAACGAGCAAGGAGCAUUUGAUUCUAGUUUUUCUGGAGGAUAUCCCACGCAGUAAACGUCCAAAAACACUGCAAUAUUUAAUGGACAUAAAAACCUAUAUUAAAUGGCCAAGUAAAGGAGAUAAGCAGCCCACUUUGGAGGAACGUAAAUUCUUUUGGAAGCGCCUAAGAAAAUCUUUAGAGCUCAUUGGCAUUGCAACAAAAGUUUCCAAGGCCCCAGCGUAAGGGGCUGUAAAGCUUUACUUAAUAUGAAUCCUAGUCAGUUUUUUAAGUACCUGAUAUACAUGAAAACCAUAUUUAGAAUAAGAAAGCAAUUGUAAAGAACAAUUUGUUAAAAUCUGAAGAUUUGUACAAUAUAGAAUGUCUACAUUCUACAGAGAUCCAUUUUACAGUGAAGAUCUUGAAGAAACCGUCUAGUGCUAGGCUCCACAAUAAAGAUGAUAAUGAUAAUAAUAAAAAUGAGAGAAAGAAACUC